AUGAGGGAGUGCUGGCGUUUGUACCAAGUCUCGCGAGACUUCUGGCCAGCUCGGGGCGCGAUUGCGUUCAAAGACACCGGGAAGACGCCCGUGGAGCCCGAGGUGGCCAUCCACCGCAUCCGCAUCACCCUCACCAGCCGCAACGUCAAGUCCCUGGAGAAGGUGUGCGCUGACCUGAUCCGGGGUGCCAAGGAAAAGAACCUGAAGGUGAAGGGCCCAGUGCGGAUGCCCACCAAGACGCUGAGGAUCACCACCAGGAAGACCCCCUGCGGCGAGGGCUCCAAGACCUGGGACCGCUUCCAGAUGCGCAUCCACAAGCGCCUCAUCGACCUGCACAGCCCCUCGGAGAUCGUCAAGCAGAUCACCUCCAUCAGCAUCGAGCCCGGCGUGGAGGUGGAGGUCACCAUCGCCGACGCCUGAGUGCUCGGCUUUUUUAAUAAAAAGAUC